AACUUAACGUUGUGUGUUUGUUUUCUUUCUUUAUCAGUCCAAGUGCUGACUGUAUAAGAAUGUUAAUUCUCCAGUGAACAAACACAAAACUAAAUUAAAAGCAAACAGGAUUCCGCUACUCGAGUCUCAAGCUAACAGUCAGUGAAGAUGGACGUCAGCGUCUCCGUGUCGUUCUUUCAAGACGAGCUCGCCUCUACCAUCGAGCACGCAGUGAAAGCGGCUGUAGACACCGUCUUGUGCCAAAUCACAAAAGUUGUCGGCGGCAAAUUCACUGAAUUCCGAAUGGAAAUGGCUGGAAAGGAGAAAGAGAAUGAAAGUCUGAAGCUGAGAUUGGAAAUAUCAGAGAGCGAGUUGAAAGCAGUGCGGGAAUGCAUGAACGCUGCAGAUGCAGACAUUAAACAACCUCUCAGAAACAUGAACCCCGACUGCAAUGAACAAGACUUUCAGAGGAACGAGAACCAGGGAUUAUUUCAAGAUACCAAAGAGAGCUAUGCUAUGCCUAAAUCUGAAGCACAAGAGGGGGCAAGGAUAGAAGCAGUUUACAAACUAGAGGAGUCCUUUGACCAGGAGUGGUGUGCAAGUCUAAAGCAGGGUACAGAGCUGACAUGUGUUAAAGAUGAAGAGGUCCCUCGACUGGAAUGUGUUCCUAUUAAAGAGGAAUUCAUAGAACAGGAAUGUGUUCCCAUCGCAGUGGAAGUUCCUGCUGAAAAUAAUGUCUAUACACUUGAGGAGAAUAACAAGCUGGGAUCCAGCCUGUGUGAUGAUUGUCCACCUGAAUGUGAACUGGGAUUUAGAGAUCUCACAGAGAGCCAUGCUAUGUCUAAAUCUGAAGCAGUUUGGACAGAAACAGUUUACACACAAGAGGAGUCCUUUGACCAGGAGUGGUGUGCAAGUCUAAAGAAGGGUACAGAGAUGACAUUUGUUAAAGAUGGAGAGGUCCCUCAACAGAAAUGUGUUCCUAUUAAAGAGGAAUUCAUAGAACAGGAAUGUGUCCCCAUCACAGAGGAAGUUCCUACUGAAACUAAUGUCUGUACACUGGAGGAGAACAACAAGCUGGGAUCCAGCCUGUGUGAUGAUUGUCCACCUGAAUAUGAACUGGGAUUUAGAGUAGAUGAAGGAGAACACGACUCCACUUCAUCACCCCACAGCAAAAACUCUUCCAGCGGCAAACCGCAGAGCAAGAAACGCAGACCCAUGACCCAUGAAGAACAUAUAAAGAAAUUCAAAACUUGCUCAGUUAAAGAGACUGCACAGUCUGUGUGUGUGAACAAUUCUGAAACUCAGGGCAACUUGAAGACCUUGCCUUGCUCUACUAAAGGUGGGAAGAGUUCCUGUCAAUUAGGCUCUCCUGAAACUCACAAGGGAAAUCACACAGGAGGGGCUUCAUUUCACUGUUAUGAUUGUGGGAAGAAUUUCAGUUGUUUAUCACAUCUGAAAACACACGAGCGUGUUCACACAGGAGAGAAACCUCAUCACUGCACUCAGUGUGGGAAGAGAUUCACACAGUUAGGACAUCUUCAAUCACACCAGCGCAUUCACACAGGAGAGAAACCUUAUCACUGCAAUUACUGUGAGAAGAGCUUCAGUGAAUUAGGAAGUCUUAAAAAACACCAACGAAUUCACACAGGAGAGAAGCCGUACCACUGUAAUGACUGUGAGAAGAGUUUCACUCAGUUGCAACAUUUAAAAGCACACCAAAGAAUUCACACUGGAGAGAAGCCAUACCACUGUAAUGACUGUGAGAAGAGUUUCAGUCAGUUACAAAAUCUCAGAAAACACCUCAGAAUUCACACAGCAGUGAAACCCUGAAUGCUGAAUGCUGGGAAAGGUUUCAUCUGGUGGAGCACAUUAAAAACCUGUCACUGAAGAGGAAUGUGAUUAAAAAAAUAUAUAUAUAUAACAAACAAGCCUCUCCUAUAAAAAAAAAAAAACAUUCCUUCACAAAGACACCUCAGAAGUGUUUACUGCACAGGCUGCAUUUACAGACAAGAGGAUAACAUUCCGGUUGGAGAUAUCAGAGCUUCAACAAAACAGACACAGUGUGAGACACUAUUUCACACCAUUGCUGGUAAGAGAGAGACAUGCAGAGAUGUUUAACUCAUGGGAGGUGUUGCUUUCAGAUAUCCCACUGACUGAGACUGCAAUCAUUAAUUCAGCAAUAAACAUCUAUUGAUGGGACACAUGGGACCGUGCCAGGACUUCAUUGCCUUUGUUUCAAUCUAGGGGCGGGUUUCAGAACAAAACAAAUAUUUAAAAAAAAAAAAAAAAAAGAUUUGCUAAGUCACUUGCCCUCCCAUCUACUGGUAAUAAAGCUGAGCAUCUUCUACUGAGAAGGGCAAAUCUUGAAGUUCCAUAUGGGUUGCUGGAAGUUAACCAUUUCAUCCUGCCUGCAUUAACACAGUAACUAAUGCCUAUACUGGGCAAAACCGCUGGCUCAAGAUAAUAAAAAAUAAUAAUCUUCAUUUUAUAAAGCGCCUAAUGCACACAUCUGAAAGCGCUGCACAAACACAAAAACACACAGAGAACCAUCUAUACAUGCAUCAUAUUAAGAGUAACCCUAAUAUAAAAAGAAACUACACAAAUCAAAAACCAAAUCAUGAUAAAAAUGCCUGAACGUAAAAUUGUGUCUUUAACCCUUUGCGGUCCAUUGUCGGACCUGGUCCGACAUUGCAAUUAUUCCUAUCAGAUCCAUUGUCGGACCCUGUCCGACAUCAUUAUAGAAACGCAAAAAACGGGUUUUAGUCGUUUUUUCUCUGGAAAAAGUCGAGAAAACCAUUCAAUGGCUGAGUGGGAGUGACAGGAGCCGAGACAAAAAAAAAAAAAAAAGGCAUAUCUCAUGAAUAGUCAUACAUGGCCCUGGUAUCAGAUAACGGGGCGGUCAUAAGUAAACAAGCUGGCUGCCUGUGAAUCAGCGCACAGAGAACACAGACAUUUGCAGAGCUUUUUUGAGAUGUUAUAGUAAUAAAAUAAUGACUUGGAUCGCAUUAUUGAGGAGUUUGGUGAUAAAACGAGUGAUCUGGAGAUGAUCGAUCGGUAUGUACCACUAUUAUUAUUAUUAUUUAUUACUUACAUAGGUGAAAGCUAUAGCGAACGAAAGGGUGUGGCGGGGCUGGAGAUGCCUAGUGAGUGCUUUGUUGAUAUGCAGGGUCUUUUAAACCCGUUUGACUGUGAAAAAACUGUUAAAACUUUUAAACAGCGCGUCUAAAAUUAACUGCCCGUGUGAAAAUAAAUUAGACCUGGCGUGCCUGACACGCAUUUAAUAAAUGGACCGCAAAGGGUUAACUGUUUUUUAAAAGCAUCAGCGGUCCCCUGAUAGAUUGAGGAAGGUCGUUCCAAAGUUUGAGCGCAUAGCGGCAAAAAGCCCCAUCGCCCAUGGAGUGAAGCUUAGUUUGGGGUAUUGCCAAUAAACCCGAGGAUGAAGAACGUAGAUUACGUACGGGUGUGUAAGCAAUCCAGCUAUGUAACAUGGAGCGAAACCAUUCAGAGCCUUAUAGGUUAACAACAGUAUUUUAAAAUCAAUCCUGCUCUCAACCAGCAACCAGUGCAAAGAAGAAAGAACCGGUGUAAUAUGGGCAUCCAGUUUAGUUCCAGGUAAAAUGCCAGCAGCGGAGUUCUGAAUAUAUUGUAGGCUGCUAAUAGCAGCCUUGGAGACACCUGCAAACAAUGUGUUACAAUAAUCGAGCUGGUAAGAAACAAAGGCAUGAACUAGCCUUUCUGCAUCAGGCACAGACAACAUAGGGCACAGACAAGCAAUGUUACGAAGGUGAAAAAAAGGAUACCUUGGUGACAUUGGAGAUGACUCGAAAGUAAGGCUAGGGUCAAAGACCACACCAAGAUUCCUAACUGGUGUAAAUACUGGGCUUCUCUUUGCAUCCCUCCAGGCUGGACCACAGAGCAACGACCAUCGCAUGAUUAGUAUUCUUGUUUCUUCUUCAUAAGAGUGCUUUAUUAUUUCAAAAGAGACUUAAGUCAAAUUAAGGUAACUGUGCUGAAUAGCUUAGAAUUAGGAUGCUUUUUAAAUGCGUGUAAUGAUGUUUGUUGUUUAAAUAUGUGUAGGUGAUACUUGAUGUAGGUGUUUCUGAAGUAGGGGUGUUAAUCGAUUCAUCACACCUGUGGACUUUGAUCGAUUGAUUGAUCGAUUUAAUCUUGUCUACACGAGUGCGGUAUCCAAAAACGGUGUGCGAUAAAGAAAUCUUGAAAAAUGGUGAAGGGUACUUCUAAAGACCUUGGCAAAAGGGCAACUGGAAGAUAUACCCAAUAUUCACAAUAUCAGAAUGAAGAAAAAGAGACUGCAACUUGCAACAUUUGCUCAUCGUUGCUUUCCUUUCAUUGCAGUACUACAAAUCUAUCGUAUCAUCUUCACCACAAGUAAGCUGAUUUUUCUUUUUAUUCAAUGUAUUUCUUUCAAAUGGUAUCAGACAAUUAACAACUCUAUCGUACUGAUUUAACUACAGUGUAUAUAGGUAGUGUUUAAAGGGUACAUAAGGACCUUUUAAUUUUAUUGUGUUACAUGUUCCCAUGUGUUUUUUUUUUUUUAACAUUUUGACCACUUUUUUAAAGUUUUAAAUUGCAUUCCCUGCCUCAAGAUGGCUUCACAUGUACCCGCACGGGCCUCUCAGAACUGCAUUUCCCAUCAUCCUCCUGCUCACAUAUGUAACUGAGAUGGAUUUACCAGCGAGCAGGAGGUAUGAUGGGAAAUGUAGUUCUGAGAGGUUGAAGUGUAUGUAUCCCAAGUUAUUAUGCAUCCUGUAUUUUGGAGCACUUUAUAAAAUACUAUGGAAGGUUGAAAAAUUGUUUGGCUUGGUAAAUGUGAAAAAGGUUGGAAUGGCUCCAAAGAUACCUAUUGGAUUUCAAAGUUACUGUUUUCUUAUGAUUUUACAAAUGAAAAUGCAGAUUUAAACAAAUUGAAAUACCUUACAAAAACUAGUUUGGGUGGCAAAAUAAACAAGAAAACAUUAAGUCAGUAUACAUUGUAUGUCUGCAAACAAAAAUUUAAGUCAUAUUUAUAUAUUAUAUAUAGGGCUUCUGUUUUUUUUAGUUUUAUUAAUUGUGUUUCUCGGUGCUUAUUUUUAGCUAUUUUUGAGUUUUAUGUAGAUCGUUUUUUUGGGGGCUUUCAUUUUGAUGUACUGUAUGAAAUUAGUGUUUUCGGUUACUUUCCAAAAUGCUUGAGCGUUUUUUUUUCUGUCAAAAUAUGUAUAGUAACUGGACAGUACUUGCACACUUAAGUUCCUUCUUUCCUUUGCUGUCUUCUACAACGAAAUCCCUGGCACAUGGCACAUUCAUCUGGGGUUUUUGUGUGGAGGCAUCUCUGUUCAUUUCGCCACAAUUCUGUUUCAAAUCCUCUGUAUCUUAACUGUAAUACAGCUUGAAAUCCCGCUAACAAGCCUCCAUCCUGAUUGUAAUCUUGUUUAAAAUCUUGCCAGCGGCGUCUCCAAUAGAAAUGUAGGAAUGUGUUUUCUCACUCGGUAGUUGGGGCGGGUUUAAAGUAUUGAACGAAUCACUGAUAGGUGCAAGUCAGGAAGGCGGGACAUUGCCCAGCAACACUGGGAAAUGUGUUUAUUAUUAUUUUAUUUUUUAAUGGGAAAAGGGUAAAGUCAAUGUGAAUUGAUAAAGCAUUUCCACAGUUAUUUUCCAGUGUUUUCUGGUGUUUAUUGGCUAUCCACCAAUUUUAAUUUUUUUUUGUAUCUGGUGUUUUAUCGGUUAAAACCAAAAAUCAGAAGCCUGAAUUAUAUGAAAGAUUCCAGUUGUACCCUUUAGAAAUCAGACACUCAACAGUACUUUAAGCACUUUAUUUACAAAAACAAACAAACAGCAAAACAAAAACUCCCACGUGGAGGACUAAACUAUACUUUUCUUCCAGUUCUAACUAAAACUGGACAGCUAAGCCGUUUACAGACUUAAUAAGGUUCACACAGUACCUUUACUCAGGAUUCAUAAUGUCUGCGUGACUGGUUUUAUACCAGCUCGAAAGGGAGGUAAAACCCCACCAAUAUGCACAGACAUUUUUAUGUGUGGUCAGAUUGGUAAUCUCAACAUACGCUGUGAACGGGUAGCAUUUGGUUGAAUACGUUUUGAGAUACAAAGUGGUGUAAAAAACAGCUUUUUAUUUUUUUUUUUAAAGAAAUGAUUAAGAUGCUUUUUUGUACAAUUUUAUCUCAAAGUAUAGCAAUUAAGGAACCACGCUCAGCAUACACAUAGUCGCGGGGGUGUAGAUGUGCAACAGGGUAUUCAUAUUUUUUUGGGGGGGACCUAGUUUUACAGAAAUUGAACCCCAAAGAUAAUGGUCUGACGUCGUUACUAGGUAGAGGCACUGAAUAUGGAGACAUGGAAUAUAUAGCUCAGCACACACGAGUCACAUCUGUGUUUGUCUGGAUUAAAAUUGGUAAUCAGUGAUAAUGUUUUUUGUAUUUGUGCCUUAAACACUGGGGAAACUAAUGUGGAGUAGUGGUUAGGGCUCUGGACUCUUGACCAGAGGGUCGUGGGUUCAAUCCCAGGUGGGGGACACUGCUGCUGUACUCUUGAGCAAGGUACUUUACCUAGAUUGCUCCAGUAAAAACCCAACUGUAUAAAUGGGUAAUUGUAUGUAAAAAUAAUGUGAUAUCUUGUAACAAUUGUAAGUCGCCCUGGCUAAGGGCAUCUGCUAAUAAUAAUAAUAAUAAUAAUGUUUUUAAUUUAGGAAAUACCAUUUUCUUUUCCCCCUCUCACUUUUGUUGUUAUGGUACGGUCUGGAGUUCAAUGAUACCAUUCCAUUCCACAAAGAAAUCUGUGUUGCUGUUGGUAUUAAAACUGUUAACCUAUUCUCUCUGCUUUUAAAUAAUAAAACAUGACAAAUGAAAGUGA